AUGUCUGAGCCCAUCACUUUCUACGAUAUGCCGCACAAAGGCUUCGAGCAGGCCUCCGAGUCCGAGAACUGCUGGAGCCCAAAUAAUUGGAAAACACGCUAUGCGUUGAACAUCAAGGGUCUCAAGUACAAGACGGAGUGGCUCGGUUUCGCUGCAGUCGAACCCAAGAUGAAGGAACUCGGUCUCGGUGCACACGCCUCCGGCGCGAUCAAGUACACCGUGCCGACGAUCUACGAUCCCAAGACGAAGAAGGUCGUCACGGAGUCGUUCGAGAUCGCCAAGUACCUCGAUGAGGCUUACCCGGACACGCCGCGCCUCGUCGCACCGGGUACCGCUGGCCUGCAGCAGGCUUUCCUGGAGAAGGUCGCCGGCCCGUUGAUCGGCGCUGCGUUCCCGAUCAUCUGCUUCCCGGUGUACGAGAAGUGCUGCAUGAACGAGGCCGACGAGAAGCUGUUCCGCACGACGCGCGAGGCCUGGUUCGGCGGGAAGAAGCUGGAGGACAUCGGGCCGAAGGGCGAGGCGCUGGCCGAGGCGUGCAAGGCGUUCGGCGGGCAGCUCGACGGCAUCGCCAAGAUCGUCGCCGCGAACGGCUCCAGCUCCGUCUUCAUCGGCGGCGACGCGCCGUCUCACUGCGAUACCGCGGUAGGAGCCAUUUUGACCUGCGUCUUGAGGAUCCUCGGCAAGGAUGGCGAGCUCUCCAAGGUCAUUCUGGGUCACGAGUGGGCGAGCAAGUUCUUGCAGGCAAUGUCCAAGUGGGAGUAG